AUGUGGAAACGCGGCCUUUCCACGCUCCGCCCCUCGACCGAGAUGUUGCUCAGAAGAUGUUCAACCAGCCAAUCGACAUCCGCGGCGCCGACGGUGGCUGAGGCACGCGAGGAAUUCGCACUCCCGAAGGGCUACGACUUCAGAAUAUGGCACCCGAUGCACAUGUCCGUGCAGUUCAAGAAAAUGGAGGGCAAGAUGAGGACGGUUGACCUGGUUGUGGAGGUGCACGAUGCGAGGAUACCGCUCACCGGCAGGAAUCCGAUGUUCUUCGAGCAGUUGUAUGCGGUGCGACCGCACGUUUUAGUGAUGAACAAGAUGGACCUGAUCGACAUGAAGCGCUACAAGGAGCCGAUCGAGGCGUAUUAUCAAGAGCGCGGCAUUCAGAAGAUCCUGUGGACGGACUGCAAGCGGAGGCUAUCAAGAGCACUGGCCGAUUUGAGGGACAGCAUGCUGCUCGCGCUGCGAAAUGAGCCGAGAUUCAAUCGAACAGUCAAGACCGAGUAUCAAGUGAUGAUCGUGGGCAUCCCGAACGUUGGCAAAUCGUCGCUGCUGAAUUCGCUACGCGGCGCCAAUCUCGGCCACAAGCAUGCCGCCGUGCAAGAAGGCGCUCGACCCGGCGUGACGAUUCGAGUGCAGAAUCGGGUCCGGAUUUUGGAUCGGCCGAUUACAUACGUUUUGGACACGCCAGGAGUGCUGCCCCCGUAUCAGCACAACGCCGAGGACGCGAUGAAACUGGCAAUAUGCGACUUGGUGCUGGAGAGCGCAACAAAUCCCCUCUACGUUGCCGAUUACCUCCUGUUUUGGCUGAAUCGAACACGGGAUUUUUCGUACGUCGAUCUGUGCAAAAUCGAAGGCGGCCCCUGCGAUAAUAUCAACAAAGUGCUGCUCCGAAUCUGCCAGGCGGAGAAUUUGCGCGCGAACCGGAUGAUCGGGAGGGAUAUUGAAGAAAGAUGGGAUUUCGACGAGGCCACGAAGCGCUUCAUCCAGCUUUUCCGGACGCAUAAGCUGAAAGAUCAUUGUCUCGACAAGGAAUUGCUAUUGCCUUACAUG